AUUAGUUUAUAUUAAUUAAAAUAUAAUUAUCAAAAAUGAUGGUUAAAUCGUUUAUUAUCUUAAUGGUGACCACACUAUUGAUGGUCGAUUGCCAUGAAUAUGAAUUCAACACUCCUGGAAAUGCCAAUCAAAUGGUUGACCAAUUGUUGACUGUAGUAAAAGCCAAAUACAACACCACAUUGGAUCCAUUUCAUGUGCCAAACAUGAACUUCAAUUUUACUAAGAAAAUCGCCCUGAGCACAUGGCACGGUGAGGCAAACCUAACUGAGGGAACAAUUAAGGGUUUGGGUGCCAUCAAACGGUCGGGUGAUUGUGAUAUCGGUACCGAUAAGGGACACUUUAUUGGGCACUUGCAGUUUGGCGACAACAAUAUUCACGCACACUUUCAUGCUGUCACACAAAUCGGCAUUAAAGGUCUAAAACCGAUACACUCGACCAUCAAUUUGGACGCCGACAUCGGCAACAUUGACGUCAAGAUAACAGUGGGUAUGAAUGAAAAGGGCAAACUUCAGCUCAAGGAGUUCCAGGUGGAUGAGCUCAAACACGUCAAGUUUCACGUAAAGGGUCUUAAAAUACUUGAUCCACUCGUCAAUGUUAUGGCCGACGCAUUUGUGGCCAUUUUCAAUCCACAGGCCCGACAAAUAUUGGGCAAUAUCUUGAAGAAUAUCAUCGGCAAAGAGAUCGAAAAUCUCAAGUUUCCGCCCGCAGUAUAACAAUUAUUUUAUUUUUCCC